AUGGAGGUUUAUGUUGACGACAUGUUGGUAAAAAGCCGAACGGCAGGGGAUCACCUGGAAAACUUGGCCCUCAUGUUCGGUAUUCUAAAGGACUACCGAAUGCGGCUGAACCCGGCGAAGUGCGCCUUCGGUGUAUCUUCCGGUAAAUUUCUCGGGUUCAUGAUCAGUCAAAGGGGAAUCGAGGCCAAUCCCGAGAAAAUAAAAGCCAUAAUCGACAUGGAGACGCCGAAGACGCAGAAGGACAUUCAGAGCCUUACCGGACGUGUCGCUGCCCUGACACGCUUCAUCUCCAAGGCUACCGAUAAAUGCGUGCCGUUCUUCAAAGCUUUGAAAGGGGGCAAACAUCAUAUAACAUGGACUCCCGAAUGCGACCAAGCAUUUCAAAACUUGAAGAACUACAUGAGCCAGGCACCACUGUUAUCGAAACCGCUGCCAGGCGAGGUACUACUUCUAUACCUUUCGGUAUCCAACACUGCCGUCAGCUCAGUGUUGAUAAGGAAGCCGGAGAAGGCGGAGCUACCGAUCUUUUAUGUCAGCAAGGCGCUCCAGAGCGCAGAGCUUCGGUACCCACCCUUGGAGCAACUAGCAUUGGCCUUGGUCGUCUCGGCACGAAGACUUCGCCCUUACUUCCAGGCUCACGAAAUCACAGUUCUGACGAACCAGCCUCUUCGGCAGGUGCUCCAAAAGCCGGAAACAUCUGGCCGAUUGGUCAAAUGGGCAAUCGAGUUGGGAGAGUUUGACAUACAGUUCAAGCCAAGGCCUGCAGAAAAAGGCCAGGCUGUUGCCGACUUCAUCUCCGAACUCACACCCCCUGCUUUAUCGGAACCGUCAUCACCGAGCGUCGUCCUUACCGCACCAGAGAAAAUGGAUGCCGAACGUUUUGACACUUCUGUUCCUCUCUGGAUCCUGCACGUGGACGGCUCGGCAAACCAGCAAGGUUGUGGUGCCGGUUAG